GGAGGACCUGUGCGCAAACCGAAGGGACGGAGGAAGGACUGACCAUGGACAUGCCCGAGGACUGUUGGGAGCACGUGGGACUACUCCAAGAGGUCUCCGCCGCGGAUCCACCCCCGCCACCGUCCGCCCCCGACUUCUUAAUGCACCAUCAAGAGCUCCUCGUGAGUGGCGGUCAGCCGACGACGGCGACGUCGCCGGCGAUGUCGGGGGGUGCGCUGAGCCCAGGUGCCCUGUCGCCUUCGUCGACGGCGACAACGACGACGGGGGUCGGGCCCGCGGGCACCGGCGGGGCCACCACCCCUGUGGGUGGUGCCGCCACUGGGCCCGGUUGUUGCGAGAAUGGCAGACCCAUGAUGACGGAUCCUGUAACGGGACAAACGGUAUGCAGCUGCCAGUACGACAACGCCGCGAGAUUCGCGUUGGGCGCUUAUCCUAGGCUACCCACCGCGACUUCCUAUUCCUCCUACCCCACGCCGACACCCUCGACCACGGACCAGGGACCUUACCCCAGCAUCGGCAUGGAUAGCUCCGCGUUCUAUUCGCCACUGGGUAAUCCGUACGGACUGAAGGACGCGACGGGGAUGGGCAUGACGGCGGACAUGGGUGCUGCCUGGGGCACGGCCGCCCUUCAACCUGCCGCCACGGGUUACUACCCUUACGAUCCAACCCUGGCUGCCUACGGGUACGGCGCUGGAUACGACCUAGCCGCGCGGCGGAAGAAUGCCACGAGGGAGUCGACGGCAACCUUGAAGGCUUGGCUGAACGAACACAAGAAGAACCCGUAUCCGACGAAAGGUGAGAAGAUUAUGCUGGCUAUCAUCACGAAGAUGACGCUGACCCAAGUCUCCACUUGGUUCGCGAACGCGCGGAGACGUCUCAAAAAGGAAAACAAGAUGACCUGGGAACCGAAGAACAAGACGGACGACGAUGACGACGCGGUGCUCACCGAUUCCGAGGAUAAUAAGGAAAAGGACGAUCUCGCGACGGACAACAGGGGCGACCGAGUCGGCGAGGAGGCGAGGCGGGGCCUCGACGAUACCGAACCAAUGAGACAUGUGAAAGCGGAACUCUUGCAGCAUGAGAAAGAUCUUGACGAUGAAGAUGAAUUAGAUCUCGAGGACGACCGCCGACGGAGCGAGCAUUCCUUUCAUCAUACGAUGCAACAUCAUCAUCAUCACCAUCAAGGCUAUGGUGACGAUCAUCUGAAAGAAGAGGGUAUCAAGCCGGACUGUAGCGGGGGUGGUGUACCGAUUCCCGCGACAAAACCCAAAAUCUGGUCCCUAGCGGACACGGCAGCAUGUAAAACGCCACCGCCACCCUCGCAUCCCCACCAUCAGCAAUAUCAUCAUCUGCAUCACCAGCAACACUACCCCCAGCAACAGCAGCAUCAUGUGCCGAACCAAGGACACCAUCAUCACUCGCAACAACCAUGGCUCGGUCCAGGAGGCGUAGGAGGUGGCGCCGGCGGCGGUGGUGGCGCCGGCGGAGGUGGAGGAAACUUGGGAAGUUCGUUCGCUCUGCCCUCAUCGGCGGGAAUGAGCCCGUCGGCGGCGGCGACGGCGCCCUACUCGGGUGCUGCCGCGAGAUACGGUGGUUUCCUCUCGUCCUCGUCCGGCGGGCAGCUCCAUUACAACCCCAACUCGUCGUCGGGUUCAAGCUCGAGCGCAUCCUCCUCGGCGGCAGCGGCGGCGGGGUUUCCAGAGGUUGGCACGGACACUCCACCCCAGACACCGCCCAAUAUGAAGGUGGCCACGCCGAAUGGAGUGAUCCAAGCGGCGCCGGGCGGUUACUGUCCUGGUGGCAACGCUAGUGCCGCAACUAAUGGCAAUCCUAAUAUCCCUUACGGGGCGAAUCAUCCCGGUAGCGGUGGUUAUUUAUCGACAAGUUCGGGUUCAGCCAGUAGCGCCUCGUCGUUCAACUCUCGGUUACAGAGCUCACCGCAUAAGGAUUUUUCACCAGUCGGCCAGAAUUCUAUUCUCCAUCAGCAUCAAACGACUGCCAGCUUGCCGCCCACGGAAGCUACCACCGCAUUCAAACCGUUUUACAAAGGCUCGCAAUCGAUGAGUAGUGGCUUCGUAUCACCGGUCUAAGUACCAGUACCAACGUCUAGAACAAUAGUCGUUUUUUCCAAA